CUCCCUUUGUCCGUCCGCCUUUGACUCCCUCGCUAUCUCAAUCGGAGAACAGAUAUGUCGACGACGAUCACCCAGGCGGCGGUAAUGAUUGUAGCUGGUGCAUUGGCGACGCUCUUUAUAUUUGCAGUCGCAUCGGAGGCUGUCUCCGGAGCUCCUUUCAUCUUGGCGCACAAGAAAGUCUCUCUUACGAAGCUCAGUUCCGGCACUGAACGCGUCUCCGUUACCAUUGACGUAUACAACCAAGGAUCUGGAACUGCUUAUGAUGUAACCCUUACUGACGAUAGUUGGGAUCAGGGCGUAUUUUAUUUUGUGACUGGCAACACCUCUAAGUCAUGGGAAAAGGUUCAUGCUGGUUCUGCUGUGUCUCACUCUUUUGAGUUGGAAUCCGGAAAGAAAAUGACUUAUUACGGCUCACCUUCCCGUAUCACAUAUCGUGUUGCAAGCAAGUCAAAACUGCAGGAGGCAUACUCCACUCCAAUAUUGCCAUUAGAAAUAUUAUCUGAAAAAGUUGGUGAAGCCAAACUGGGAUUGGUAAGUUUUUUCCUUCUAGAGAUGUGUUUUUUCCUUCUUCAAUAUGGUCUCCUCGUUCAGACUCCUAAGAUUUUUGCUUCAUCUUUUCAUGUCUAAUUGCAAUAUGUGGGGACAUGCCUGCAGGCUAAGGUGAUGUUUAUUUCUAUUAAAUAAAUUAAUCUGUAUUUCCUUAUAGUAAUGAUGAGUAAAUAUUAUUGCCUUAAUGAUACAAAUUUUGGUCUUCCUCUUUAACUGACAAUCAGCUAUAUCAUUGUAUGCAGAGUUUACUGUCAAAAUAUGGAUCCCAUAUUUCUGUGGUGCUUAUUGUGGCACUCUUUGCUAAUGCUAUUGCUGCUCCCUCAAAAUCAAAUGCCGGAAGUGGAAAGAAGAGGCACUGAAUAUCAGCUGGCGAUGAAAAAUGUUCUGUUCUUUUGAAAUCAUUACAAGCCUUUUAUACUUAUAGAAAAUAUUUCACUUACAUACAAUGAUCAAAAAAUAUAAAAAAAAAAUGUAUUGAAAAAAUGCAUUUUAAUUAGAGAAUCGUGUUAACCUCUCCAUGACAUUAUUUCAGUGGUAAAAUUGUGUUUUUGACUUCUUGUAUUAGAAUUGCAUACAGCAGUAAAACUACCAAAUUUUAUUCUCCCAUAUAUGUAUACGUUCUAAUACUUUGGUCUGAAAAGGAUGUAUUUCAAAAAAUCUU